UUUGUGGCCAAUCACUUCAAGCCAGAGCCUGCAUUCCUGGACACCUUGAAGCAGUCUUAUUUAGCAGAAGGGUUCAAUGUUGACUUCACCAACCCCACAGACAGCGCCGAUACCAUCAACAACUACGUGUCAGAGAAAACCCACGGGAAGAUAGACAAGCUGGUUGAAAGCCUAGAUCCAGCAACAAUUAUGUAUCUCAUUAGCUACAUCUACUACAAAGGAAAAUGGGAAUCUCCAUUUGAUCCUCAGCGGACUAGAGAAGACACAUUCAUAGUGGAUGAGAACACAAAGGUUCCAGUCCAGAUGAUGAACAGGGAGGGCCAAUUUGAUGUCUACAAUGACCAUGACAUUAACACAACAGUCCUCCAUCUUCCCUUCAACAGCUCCUUCUCCAUGCUACUGAUGCUGCCUAAAGAUAUGGCAACGCUGGAGAAUAACCUUUGCUCCACUUAUAUCACCAAAUGGCUCAAGUGGAAGAGAUCCUCGUAG